AAUAUAAAUAUAGUUGAAAGUAAAACGAAGCCAAUCAACGGGCAGCUUUCGAAAGAUCAGAGCUACUCUAGUUCUUGUUGGACCCCAUUUUGCUUCCUCAAAUUCUGGUCAUCUCUCUGAAUAAAGAAGCUUCAACAGAGACAAACCCAUCGACCUUGCCGCCCAAUUUCCAUGGAGGACUACGACAGAUCUAGGCCUUAUGGAAAUGGGCAAACGAUGCAGAUAGAGAGCUACUAUGGAGGGCCUGGACCCUGUGUUAUGAGGAGCUACAGCACUUCUUACGUACAAACGCAGAUGGGUCCUAUUCCGAGGGGCUUGAAGUUGAAGAAGGGCAAAAGCAUUGCUGGGUCUUCUUUUUCCAAGUCUUGGAGCAUCAAGGACCCUGAGCUUCAGAGGAAGAAAAGAGUUGCUAGCUAUAAGAUGUACUCUGUGGAAGGGAAGGUCAAAGGUUCACUGAGGAAGAGCUUCAGGUGGCUUAAGGACAAGUACUCGCGGGUGAUCUAUGGCUGGUGGUGAUUUGGUGGGUUCUGUUCUCUGAUUUUUCGUCUGGAUCUGAAAUCAUGUUCACAAGUUUGAAUUUUGUGGUGGUGAGGAGAAUUCUAUACUUAAGGGGUAUGAUCAGUUUUAUUUUCUGUAAAUUGGAAAACCUGCUACUUCGUCGGAUCCUGAGAGAUCCUUCUUCAAGGUGAAAUCAUAAAUAUUUGCUUCUGUCUUCAAUGUUUCUCAAGCCUUGUUUAUAUACUAAUCAAUAAUGAAAAGCAAAAAGCUUUAGUGUUAAA